AUGGCGACGACGACGCGCGCGGGGGCGUUUGCGUGGAGCCCCCGGGACAUCAGACGCGUCGCGCCUCGCCACGCCGCGCUCUCGACGAGGCGCGCGCGCGACGACGCGCUCGCCGCCGCCACGUCCGUCGUCCCGCGUCUUCGCGGCAAUCGUCCGCUCGCGACGUCGCGCGCGGACGGCCGAGAACGCGCGGCGGUCACCGUCCGCGUCGCCGCGAACGCGAUCGCGGGCGGGGAGAAAGGCAGCCGCGAAGACGAGACCUCCGUGUUCAGAGGCCGCGCGCGCGCGGCGAAGAACGCGCAGCGCGCCAUCCAAGAGCGCAUCCUGUCCUGCGAGGACGCGAACGCGGUGCUGGCCGUCGCGGGCGAGAGCGCGCGCGACUUCAGCGCGAUCAACGCGGUGACCGCGCUGUAUCGAAUCGCGCGCGCGCUGACGUCGCGCGCGGGACGCGUGCGAAGGAAAGAGGCGGCGUUCGUCAUCGCGGACGCGCGCUUCGCCGAGGCGCGUCCCGUCGUCGCCCCCACCCCCUCCCCCCCGCCGCGCGCUCGACGCGACGCGACGCGACGCGACGACCUCCCGCCCGCCCUCCCUCGGACGUCCUCCCCUCCGAGGCGGUCUGGUCUGGUCUGGUCUGGUCUGAUUGUGUCCGCGGUGGAGGCGACGCACGGCGCGCUAGAUCGCGGCGGACUCGAGAACCGCAAGUGGGCGUAUCACAAGCUUCAACUCUCGAGCGAGCUCCGAGCGGCGGCGGCGAUGAGCGUUCGCGCGUUGGACCGCGCGAAGGAUCUUCAGGGCGACCUCAUGGACGCGAGCGACGUCGAGGACGUGCUCCUCGCCGUCGAGGAGCUCGGGGACGUGUUCAACAAGGUCAACUGCAGCACGGCGUUGCACCGAGUGGCGCGGCUGUGCACGACGCCCGCGGCGGCGGGGUCGCCGAGACCGGACGUCGCCGCCGUCGCGCACGACGAACGGUUUCGCGCGCUGCUCGCGAUGGUCGAGCGGAGCGCGCACGAGAUGGAGAUCGUGUCCAUCUCCAACACGCUCUGGGCGUUCGCGCGGUUGAGGCUGCGACCGUCGGACGCGACGGUGUCCACGCUGGCGUCGCGCGCGGUGGACCAGUGCGCGGACGCGGAGCCGAGGCACCUGUCCACGGUGAUGUGGGCGCUGGCGGUGCUCGGCCACGAGCCCAGGAGCCGCCUGCUCGCCGCCGUCGGCGAUCGCGCGGGCGAGGUCGCCGCGAGCUUCCGCCCGCCCGACGUCGUGAACCUGCUCUGGGCGUACGCGCGGUGGCAUCGCGGGUGCGUCGGAGGGUGCCCGGGGAGCGAGGGGCUCGUCGCGUCGCUCGCGCCCGUCGCCGUGAAGCGCGCGCUCGAGUACACGCCGUAUCAGUGCGCGAACCUCGCGUGGAGCCUCGCGAUGUUGGACGCGACGCUGCCGCCGAGGGUGGUGCGGGUCAUCAUCGACCGCGCGGCGUCGGACGCGGAGGGGCUGGACGACGUCGCGCUGACGCGGACGCUCUGGGUGAGACGCCGAACCGGCCUCGCUCGCGCUGUCGCUCUCGCUGUCGCUCGCGCUGUCGCUCGCGUUCUCGCUCGCGCUCUCGCUCGCGCUCUCGCUCGCGCUCUCGCUGUCGCUCUCGCUGUCGCUCGCGCUCUCGCUCGCGCUCUCGCUCUCGCUUCGCUUCUCGUCUCGUCUCGUCUCGCGGUGGGCGUGAAGGGAAACGCCGCGGACGCGAACGGCGGGGCGUUUCAGACGCUCCUCGCGGAGGCGGCGAGACGCGCGGCGGAUCAGACGGGGACCGGGACCGGCGGCGCCGCCGCCGCCGCCGCCGCCGCGCGGGGUCGCGGGGGGGACGAGACCGUCGCUCGCGGGGACGGGGGCAAGAAGAGACCGGGGAAGAAGACGACGACGAAGAGAAGUCGCGGCGGCGGCAUCGGGAGAGCCGGCGCCGCGGGCGUCCUGUGGGCGUGCGGAAAGCUCGAGGUGACGCCGCGACCGGGCGACGCGAACGCGCUCGUGGAACGUCUCUUGUGCGACGACGACGGCGACAGCGACGGCGAUUGCGACGGCGGCGCGGGCGGCGCAGAGGCUCUGGAGCCGCAGGCGCUCGUGCACGGCGUGUGGGGCGUGGCCAGGAUGGACGGCGUCACGGUGCGAGACGAGACCACUUCCCGCGCGUCGUCGCUCGAGGACGUUCUGUUCUCUCCUCGCGAUCCCCGCGGGUUUUCUUUCGGUUUCUCUUCGCCGAAACCGUCGCUCUCUCUUUCCUCUCGACGCCGGUCCGGUCCGGUCCGCCGGCGAGACGCGUGA